UAGAAUAGUACGUCAGUCGUCAAGUAUUUUUCAUGCCUGUUUGUACUACUUGCUUUAGUAGGGGGCCGCAAUAGUAAAAGCAGUUGGAAAGUGCAAUCGUACGGGAAAUUGAUGGUGUAAAAAACUAUCUCACGGUCCGUUUAUGAGGCGUUUGCCGUGUUGGUGCAUUUAUAAAGUUUGUAGCCAUUUUCGGUGAAUUGAAUCAACAUCAGUAUUAUCAAGAGCAGCUCAUAAUGACAUUACGUUGUAAUACCUUAAGUGGCCAUUAGGGUAUCAUCGGUCCAGUUUAGACAUGAUAAGAAGACCACAGCAGACAUGGACGGCGUGAAGAAAAUACAUUCUGGAACACUGUAUCGCAACGGCCCCGUGGAGAACGCGUAUGGUCCGCAACACAGCCCGGUGUCGCGGUCGGACGCCUCCACCGAGGACGCUGAGCUGUCUGCAGCGCUCGCCCACCAGCACCACCUUGCUAUGCAGGUCAGUUAUAUGGCUGGUGAGUAUCCAGUAGUUGGUGCUGGAGUAGAACCUGACUAUGGACAGUACGUGUCUUCGCCCGCGGCGCACUAUAAUCACAUGGGACAUCUCACCAUGGCUCCCUCACAGAAGUAUCCCCAUGUGAUGGACUCAGUCUCAGUUAGUGGAGGAGGCAGCUAUGCAGGCGCUGGUGGUGCCGGCCACUAUGGUACAUACGGCCAUUACGGCACCGCAGCCUAUCAACCACAGACGGCAUACAUGGUGGAGACCACGCAAGUCCCGCAGUAUAUGGGACAGGAGUACGUGGAAGGAGGUGGUAGCGCUUCGCCCCGGAGCGCGUCACCAGGUGCUCUGCCACAACACAAUCUACACCUACAACAAAGGUACGACUCGGCUUCUCUAGAGCAGUUGGGUCGGCACUACUGCGUGACGUCACCGCGCGGGGAGUACGCGCCCGACGCGUACGGAUACCAACACUAUCCCACGGCGUAUGAACCUCCGCAUCAACCUCCGCCGUUUAAGGAUUCACAGAAUGGUCUAAGCCUGGGCAGCGCCGGGGGACAGUCGAUGUAUGGAGACGAUGAGGAGUUACAGAAACAGAUGGCAAAUAUGGCACUAGUACACGGCAGCGUAGGUGGUCGCGAAGAAACAGGAGGUCUACAAUGGAGGGACCCCAAUCUGCCUGAAGUAAUCGGUUUCCUCAACUCUCCAUCUGACGUGGUGAAGGCCAACGCGGCCGCCUAUCUACAGCACCUCACUUAUAUGGACGACCCUAAUAAACAGAAGACAAGGAGUUUAGGCGGUAUUCCCCCACUAGUGCGGCUAGUAUCGCACGAGAACCCGGAAGUGUGUCGCAACGCAUGCGGCGCGCUCCGCAACUUGUCGUACGGCCGACAGAACGACGAGAACAAGCGAGCCAUACGGGACGCCGGCGGGAUUCCCGCACUCAUGGCGCUACUGUGCCGGGCUACUGAUAUGGAGGUAAAAGAACUAGUAACAGGAGUGAUAUGGAACAUGUCAUCAUGUGAGGAUCUGAAGCAGUCCAUCAUAGAUGACGCGGCCCAGGUCAUCGUCAACAAGGUCAUCAUACCGCACUCCGGGUGGCAUCCUACCAACCCUGGAGACACUUACUGGUCUACUGUGUUCCGCAACGCGUCGGGCGUGCUCCGUAACGCGUCGUCUGCGGGCGAGUACGCGCGGCGCCGCCUGCGCGGGCUGGCCGGCCUGGCCGAGGCGCUGCUGCACGCCGUGCGCGCCGCGCUGCAGGCCAAUGCCAUCGGCACCAAGAUCGUCGAGAACUGCGUCUGUGUACUCAGGAAUUUGUCUUACCGAUGUCAAGAAAUCGAAGACCCCUUGUACGACACGAGAGCGCCGCCCACACAGUCAUCCGGGCAGGCCAGGAUACAGGCCAGUGCGUCUAAAGGCGAAAACUUAGGCUGUUUUGGAGGCAGUAAAAAGAAGAAGGAAGGGUCAUCAUCCUCUAAUUCUACAAGUCCCUUAGGCAAGAGCGAACCAGACAGUCAGCCACUAGGGGACACUGGGACUACACAACUUGGGUACUCGGUACCUAAGGGGACGGAGAUGUUGUGGUCGCCUGAGGUGGUCCCCUUAUACAUGGCGUUGCUACAAACAUGUUCCAACCCGGAGACCCUGGAGGCGGCGGCCGGAGCCUUACAGAACCUGGCCGCCUGCUACUGGCAGCCCUCCAUCGAUAUACGGGCCGCUGUCAGGAAAGAAAAAGGUCUACCAAUAUUAGUUGAGCUGUUGCGCAUGGAGGUCGACCGUGUCGUCUGUGCUGUGGCCACGGCUCUACGGAAUCUGGCCAUAGAUCAGAGGAAUAAGGAGCUGAUCGGGAAGUAUGCUAUGAGGGACCUAGUGCAGAAGCUGCCUAGUGGGAACCAUCAGCAUGAUCAGGGCACAUCAGACGACACGAUAGCCGCGGUGCUGGCGACCUUGAACGAGGUCAUCAAGAAGAGUGGAGAGUUCUCCCGCUCCCUGCUGGAGGCCGGCGGGGUCGAACGACUGCUCAACCUCACCAAGCAGCGCCACCGACAUACGCCCAGGGUGCUCAAGUUUGCAGGCCAAGUCCUGAUGACGAUGUGGUCGCACGCGGAGCUCCGCGAGGUGUACCGCAAGCACGGCUGGCGCGAGGCCGACUUCCUCACGCCCGCGCGGGCCGCGCAGCCUCGCGCGCCCUCCACUGCCAGCGGUCAGGGCACGCCGUCGUCCGGCGCGGGCGCGCCGCACUCGCCCAGCAACGCCAACAGCACGCUCAGCCGACCCAUGGCCUCCACCGGCGGCACGCGCUACGAGGACAGGACCAUUCGCAGGCAUCGGGAGAACGAUGACAUACCAGCGAUGGAAGUGAACAACUACCAUGAUGGGUUAGGCAUGGGCAAUCCCAACGGCCGACCGAUGAACUUGCAAGGCGUACAAGCUCAAAUGCCCAUGCCGCCUAGCAGUCGUUAGCGCGCCGUCGCGUGCGCACGUGACCUUGACGAGUGACAGUAAGAAAACACCGAUUUAGGUACCAUACCAAUCUUUGUGAUUUCUUUUCAAAAAGUCAAAAAUUUUAGACGUAUUUUAUUCCUAUCUUUUCUUAUUUUGGACAGACUUAUCUUAAUGUUUUACUUAAGAUUUGUGACAAAAGGAUGGCACUUAAAUCGGUGUUUCUUUACUUCAUAAUCGCCAAGUUGAAUCCCGUAAGCAUGAUCAAAGAAAUCGAAAAUCAUGUUCUAUGCUGCCUUCACACGUCACCGACGAAUGGAUAUUUAGAGAAUAUCUCGAAAAAUGUACGACUUGUACUCAAAACGGGUGUGAACGCAGCAUAUAAUAAUAUUAACAUACAUGAUUAAUUUGUAUAUCUUGUCUGUCAAACUGUGCUUAGGGAUAUUUAUUUGGCUUCGUGAGAAUUUUCAUAUGGCAAUACUUCGGUAGUCUAUUUUUUAACGCUGGCAACUAUUUAGGUUGUGUAAUUUUUGUAUUUAAGGUGUAACUUAUGGACAGUAUUAUCGUUGUUGUGACAGAAAAGUAUUUAAAAUUGUUUUUUUUUUGGUUUUUGGAUUUCUCACGAAGUCAAUUGAAGUACUGAAGUUAUUUAUUAUUGUACGCGAGGUAACAUGCACAAGUGUUUAUGUUAAAUUAAUCAUUAAAUUGUAGAUUUCGCGUUGAAUGUGGUAUACGCUGUUUCAACGUUCGUUAUGUACAGUCAUCGACAAUGUUGAUUUCUUUCAAAAUGUUUUUUUUUGUAUUCUCUCUGACCAAAUUUAUUUUUUUUGAUAAAUGGUAUUUUAACUUGUUGAAAAUAGUUGAAAAUCAUCCCCUAAAUUUUUUCAUACAAAAGUAGUCUCAAAUCAUUGGAAAUAAGGUCUAUAAUGUAGUUAGUGUAGAUCGGUCACCAGUGACCGCUUGGGGAUAUAUGAGACUACAAAACUGCAUUUUUAUUACGUUACAACUUUCCAUAAUGCAUUUAAUUUACAAAUAUAACAAACAAUAAAUUAGAAAAUAGAUCUUGUUUUUCAUGAAGCAACAUUUUCUUAAUUAUUGCAAACCCUCUUAUUUAUAUGAGGCCCAUAGCCUAUAAAUGAACCGACAACGGUCAUAGAUGACGGCUUUUUUCAUUGAUUUCAAUCAAUAUUGUGAUUGACUGUACAUGUUAAAAAUUAGCCCUGAGGCCUAAUCUAACUCAUCGCAUUCGGAUGUAACUAACUAACUACGUUUUAUACAAAAAUAUACUAUUUGCCAUUUUGAUUUGUAAAAGUAUCAUGUCAAUUCCCUAUGUAAAUAGUCGUGCCAUUUCUGUAUUUAUAUAAAUGAAUUAAAUAUAACUUAAAGCAAGUUUCGUGUAGGUGUGUUGUGUAAUUUCUAUUUAAAAUGUUGAGGCUCACCGUCAUUUACUAUAUUGGAUUCGUUUUGUUGGACAAUCUUCAAGUAGUUCAUUAUCUACUAUAUAAUAAUUAUUAAUGACCUUAUAAUAUUUAGUUGAAGAAAAAAUAGCAUUAUUGUUUGGUUUUUAACAGUCAUGGUCUAAAUGAAUGGAAAAGGAUGGACAGAUUUUCAACCUUAUGUUAUUGUAAUAAACUUGAAAAUCUUAAACAGUUUCGAGUAGGUUGCUGGCAUGGUUCAUUCUCUAUCUACCUCUAAUUUACCAGAGACCUAUAGAAUUGGUUUAAAGUACUCAUAUUUACUGUUUUUGUUUUAAAACAACCAAAAUCAACAGUGACUAUAAGCAAUAAAUAUAUUCUAAACAAAAUUGACUAACAAAACGAAUCGUUAUACUAUCCUAAUGUAACCAUUUAUAUUAAAGAACGUCAACUAAACAUUUUACAUACAUUGAUAAAAAAUACAUUUCAAAUAUUUCGAAAAUUUGAACGUAAUUAUUAUUAUUUAUAAAUGAAUUAGUUUAGACACUGCGAUCUUAGAAUCGGAAUCAGCAAUUUUUAUAAUUAAAGAUUUCGAAUAAGGUCUUACCGCCGUACUCAGAGUGCCAAGUACGAAUAACUAUCGCAUUCGUUGCUGAAUAGUAACGAGCACAUAGCGCGCACUGAUUGGCUGCUUCACUGGAGCCGGCCAAUCAGAGCGCCGAACGAACACGAUAGUUAUUCGUGGUUGGCACUCGUGUCAUUCAAUGGUUACUUAACCGAGUCUUUAUUAAUUGUUUUUGGAACAAAACCGUUACUAAAGAGUAGUUUAAGUAAUCAUUAAACGUCUUCUGAGUACUGCAGUUAUAGUAUUUAAAGGUAAUUUAUAGAACAUUUUGUAAUAUUUUGUAACCAUUCCAAACCCUUUACGGUAAUGUAAAAUAGGCAUCAAUUGUCCUUUAAAAUAAGUAAUAUCCGUCUUGUAAUUAGCGUUAAGAUGCAUAAUCGUGGGACGUUAUUAUUGUUUUUAUAUUUAUUUUAUUUCGUGGGGUGUCCUAUUCGAUACUUAUGAGAAGGUAUUUCAUACGUUCCGGUUGCCGUGUUUUGCGUACCCGGUCGUAAAAGUACGUAUACGUGUGAAAGUUAACGGAGACUGCACGGAUGCCGGAGCGCGUGAAAUGGUCCUAAAGGUCUUAAUGACAUGACAAAGGCGUUUUAGAGAAGAUUGUACCCAAUUAAAGACCUCUCAAGGUCUACAUUACUGUGACAAAAUCACAUGACAGUUGGAUGACGAAGUUUAACAUUGAUUUGUAGAUAUUUUAUAGUUUCGUUGCAUCCUUCAAAGGGAGCUAUUUAUGUCCUACCCCGCAAGUGACUACAAAGUAAUUUAUACGAUUAUAGACUCUAUAGCUAUACGAUUAAUAACGGCAAUGCCGUAUCAAUUAACCGCGUAAAUUGUGAACGAUAGCAGCUUUAAAAUAUUACGUUUCGAUUCAUUUCCCUCCGUUUAUGAUUUUAAUUCGUUAGUGUAAUUAUUUAUUUUAUAUUAUAUUAUUACGUAGUAAGGUCGUAGUAGGUAAAGAUAUUUAAAUAAGGGUUUUGUGAGAAAGUUAAUGAUUUUUUUUUGGAAUAUAAUUUAUGCACAAUAAUGCAUUUUGAUACGUCCGCGGCGGGAUAUACGUUGACUGAGUAACCUGGUACAAAACUGACCUCAUCCAGUGCAUUAUAUUGAUUUAAGUACCCACGUAUGUAAGUUUUUGUAUAAUAUUUUUUAUUAUAAAAAUGUAAGCAAAUGUACAAGAAUGUUUUUCAUUACAAUAAGCUUGCCACGGCGUCGUCGCUUCUAUGAAGCGAACAUUUUGUUAUAAUUUCUCGCAUAAAAAGCUUACUUCGUUUGUGUUCUACGUGUAGAUGUAAGAAAUAUUGUUUACGCAUCAUUUUAUACAUUUAUUUAUCGUGUCUUUAGAUGGGAAAUAUUAGUAAAUUGUAGGCAUUACUAGAUAUAUUGUUUAUAUUAUAUAUCUAUAAAUUAAUGUCUAUAUUAAAUUUUAUAGGAAAUCAUCCUUGUCUAGGCUUUGUAUAGUUGUAUGGAUUUUAUUUUAUGGGGCUGUCUUUCGUUAUUGUACUUCCAUUUUUACAGUAAAAGAUCUCUAGAAGUUUCCAAAUUUUAUUUUUAAGACGUAUAGUUUCACCAUGAUGUCAGGCGUCUUAGCGCUGUUGUUUACUGGCGUUGUGACGUCACACGGGCAUCAGUGCAGCCCAAUGACGUCACUUUACAUGUUCUAAACAAUUGAUGCGUUUGUGACGUCACAAGCCAGUGCACCACAGACCUUAGUGUUUAACCACAGGUAAAAUAUAUUAACAUCUAUGGUCAACCAUAGGUUAUAGUUGUUGGAACAGUAAUACUCGAUUUAUUUAUAUUUUAUUUAAAAAUUUUAUAUUGAGAAAAAUAAUAUUUAACGAGAUCGUCUGCGUUUGUCGUUGCGACAGUUUAGUAGUUAAAUAUAAUGAUAGUUUGUCUUAUGUCACGUUGUAUGUAGUUUAAUAGAACAUUAUUCUCUUACAUAAAGAUACCUUAUCAUUAAACAAAUUAUAUUAUCAAAGAGAAUUAAACGAAUGAUUUUUUUUAUUUA